CUGCACAGUGCACAGUAUAUAUUGAGACAUUGCUCCGUUUCAAAUUUUCACUCUUCAUUCUCAGAAACCGUCCAACUCAUGGACCCUCAACCUCCGGCCACCGCCGCCGCCACCGCUCGGAGCACCUCUGAACCCUCACAAUCUCAACCACCAUUACAACCACCAUCUUCUCUCCCUCAAACUUCAUCAUCGACAACCCCUCCCAUCUCAGCACCACCCCAUCCUCCCCAAAACCCUAACCCAACCCCAAUUCCAGCCCCAAAUCCAAACCCAAACCCAAUCCAAAUCCAAAAUCCUAACCCAAUCCACAACCCAAACCCUAGACCCACUCCAACUCCUCCACAACCUCGCCCUCCCCCCACAUUCAACCGAGCUCCUCCGCCGCAGCAGCAGCAGCCGUCGCAUUUCUCGCACUUCUCAUCGCUUCCGCCUUCCUCCGCUCCUUCUCCGUCGCCGGCGUCUUCUUUUAAUUCCACUCCCUCGCCGUCGAUUCCCGCCCCCGCAGCCGCGCCGAGAGGUGGCAUGGCGAUCGGUGUACCCGCGCACCACCAGAACCCCUCCCCUCCGUUCUCCUCUACCUUCGGUCAACAUUUUGGCGGGUUGGGUCGACCUGGAGUCAAUGUUACCGAAUCUACCUCCAAUUCUGGCUCCUCUCAGGUUAGAACGCCCAUGCAAGGGAUGGGGAUGUUAGGAUCUUUGGGUUCAAGUUCUCAAAUGCGGCCCGGUGGACUGCCUUCACAUCAACAGAGACCAGUUCAAUCAUCUCUUAGACCACAAUCCUCUACCCCAAAUACUCAACCUGCUGGUUCACAAAGCUUCCAAGGCCAUGGACUUAUGAGACCCUCAUCGGUGGGAUCACCUGCUGCUCCAUCUCCAAGUGCAUCACAAAGUAUGCAGUCACUUAAUCAGCCAUGGUUGUCGUCUGGGCCACAAGGGAAGCCUCCUUUGCCAACGCCAUCUUAUAGGCAGCAAUUGAACCCACAAUCCUUGCCGCAAAGGUCGCAUAUUUCUCAGCAGCAGCAGUCCACGGCAACACCUUCACAGCAGCAGCAGCAGCAACCUUUGCCAUCUAAUCAAUCACAGGAGCAUUUUGGGCAACAGGUUCCACCGUCAAGGGCUCCACACGUGGCUCACCCACCACAGGUUACAAGGCUUCAGGGGCCAGGAAAUCAGAAACCUUCUUCUCUUAUGGCUGCACAAUCUAGUGCAGUUCAACCAGCGACUCAAACUAGAUUAGCAAAUGCAGAUACUGAUGAAUCAUGUAAUAGUAUUCUCAGCAAACGAAGUAUCCAGGAGUUAUUCAAUCAGGUUGAUCCAUUGGAGAAGUUGGAUUCUGAAGUUGCAGAUGUUCUUGUGGAAAUUGCGGAAAAUUUCCUCGAGACUAUAACCCGGUCUGGUUGCUCACUAGCUAAGCAUCGGAAAUCUUCAACUUUGGAAGCCAAGGACAUCCUUUUACAUCUUGAGAAAAGUUGGAAUAUGACACUUCCUGGUUUUGGUGGUGAUGAGAUUAAAAGCUACAAAAGACCGGUUCAAAGUGAGAUUCACAAGGAGCGUCUAGCGGCUAUAAAAAAAUCAUUGCUAGCAGCUGAGGCAGCACAUGCUAAGGGCUCUUUUGGCCAGGCAUCUGGUGGUGCAAAGGGUAGUCAGGGAAAGCCUCCUUUGAAUAUUAUUGGCUCUCCCAACCUUAAAAAUUGAUUAGAUGCAUACUGUAUUUAUGCUUUUCACAGCAAGGGAGGAUUUCCCUUUGACCAAGGGCCACAUGAAUCACGAAUCAUGAACCUAGAAUGUGUUAAACCGGGUUCAACACUUCCACUUGAAACUUAAUUGUGACAUGAAGUGUUGCCUUUUGUCGUUAAUACUGAUUCCCGAGUACAUGAUGGAAGUUCAAGUUGGAUUAAAUUGUUUGUUCAAAGUGGAAAAUCAAACACGUUGAUCCUGAUGAAAUAUUUAAAUCUGCAUGUUUUGUGCUCAUAAUGUACUAUGGACGGGACUGGCACUGUUGUUUAUGCUAAUUAUUGCCCUCAAUCCAUUUGAAGUCCAUCUAUUCCAAUCAAAUUUGUUUGACCUAGUCCAUUCCAUUUUGCUCUGAAAAAAAGGGCCGAGUCAGUUCCUUGUAGGAGGUUGUUGGGUUGGGACUCGGGGCUAUAGGAGUGCAAUACUCAAGUUACUUAUCUUCUCAGCAUUUUCUUGAGUUUUAGAUCUAUUUGUUCUUAUCAUGUGCAUACUGUGUGGUCUAGUAUAUUUUAUUUCUGAGCAUUCCUUGUAGCAGAAGAUGAGGUCUAAUUUUGAAGAAUUGCAGAAAAUCAGAUAAGGGGAAUCAGGAUUCAAUA